CUUGGUGAUGUUUUGUCAUGAUUUCAAAGACACAUGAAGACGUGGAAUGAGAAGAGCAGGGAGAUCGGGAACCUGUCAAACUCUCAUUUGAAACAUGGAUUCCUUGUACCAUUCGACCAAUCGGAGUCUGCAAGAAGCUCACACCCAGCUGUCUCUAGCCAGCCACGCCCAAAUCCAGGAGUUUCCCAGCCUCUUCCGCGAAUUGCAAGUCCGUUUGGAACAGAUCUCAAGCAAUUGUGAACGACUCGAUAUCCUGGUCAAUAAAGAGCCCAUAACCCGCCGACAAAACGCCAAGAUCCGUGUAGAUCAACUCAAAUAUGACGUCCGAAAUUUGCAAGGAGCUUUGCGAACUGUAGCGGCCAAACAAGCCGCGAAAGAGGAAGAUCUGAAAAGACGUGAUGACUUGAUGCGAACUCAAUUCACCACGAAUUCUGCGGCUGCAUCGAAUGGAACGGCCUCAGAAACAUCCAUUCUCAUCGACCGGGCACUUGAACACAACACUGCGUUAAAUCGAUCUCAUCGAGGCAUUGAUGACAUGUUAAGUCAGGGCGCUCAGAUGCUCGAAAACCUCCGUGAUCAAAGGGGUACCAUGAAAGGAAUUCACAAGAAAAUGAUGGACAUCGCAUCCACUUUGGGCAUGUCCAAUACGGUCAUGGGGCUGGUGGAAAGACGUCAACAGGGGGAUAAGUACAUCCUCAUUGGGGGAGCCCUCUUCACUUGCCUAGUCAUGUAUUUGGUGCUGAAGUACUUCACGUAAAAUAAGCAUAUUCAUUCCCGCUAGCGACGUUUUUACAAAUUUAUAUAUAUAUAUCACCAAAAUAAAAUGACAUGGUUAUUCCGA